AUGUUCGACCGUCUUCUGUCGCAGUUCAGCCGUAAGCGUGUCGCUUCCGAAAGUGUUGCCGCUCAGCAGCAUCUGACAGAUAAGACGAACGUUUACACGGUUAAGCCUCAAGAUCCAAAUCUUGAAAAGAAGCAAAAGUACACACCGGUGCAGAAAGUCUGCCUCAAGUGCUUGGCUGGUGAGAGCGGCCACAUCACACACGUUCUAUCGAACGUCUCCAAUUGA